ACUGUCAAAUGAACAACAAAACAUUGGAAACGAGAUCCAAAAUAUACGGAACGAACGAAGUGUUUACAAUACAGACACUUCAUUCACCAGUUUGAAGUAUCAAAGUUUGCGGGAGAAAAUUAUUGAAAAUGUUAGCGGCAAAACAAUGCUUUCGACUCAAUUCGAUGCGAUGCCUUUCGACAUCGGCGAUGAGACAGUCGAAGCUAAUCAGUUCAUCUUUAUCAGUUGAUGAUAGAACGGGAAUCGCAACGUUGGAAUUGAAUCGGCCACCGGUAAAUAGCUUGAAUCAACCAUUGUUACAGGAAAUUUCGACCGUAUUGACUGACCUCGGUAAAAAUAAGUCAAAGGGGUUGAUCUUGACAUCGUCAUCACCGUCGGUGUUCUCAGCCGGUUUGGACAUAUUGGAAAUGUAUAAACCAGAUCCGGAGAAAGCGAAAUUAUUCUGGACUACAUUACAGGAGGUUUGGUUGAAAUUGUAUGGCUCAUCUUUUCCAACAGCCGCUGCUAUCAGUGGUCACGCUCCAGCUGGUGGUUGUUUGUUGGCUUUAUGUUGUGAAUACCGUGUGAUGUGUCCAAAGUUAACAAUCGGUUUGAAUGAGACUCGUUUGGGUAUAGUAGCGCCAGUAUGGUUUCAAUCGUCCAUGCGUAAUGUGAUUUCUGUUCGUGACACCGAGAAAGCCCUAACCUUAGGCACAAUGUUUUCAACUGAUGAAGCAUUAAAGAUUGGUCUAAUCGAUGAAGUAGCUGCCGACAAACAAGACGCAAUCAAACGUUGCGAAGAAUUCUUACUGCAAUUUUCUAAGGUGUCAUUCGAUGCUCGAGCAAUUACGAAGAAAAAUUUGCGCGGCAAAGACUUGGCUGAACUUGAAAAUAACCGUGAAGGCGAUCUUCAAACAUUUUUAUUCUUUUUGAAUCAGCCCAAAGUUCAAAAAGGCCUGGAAUUGUAUUUGCAAAGCCUUAAAACGAAAAAAUCAUCCUAAGAAAUAAUUGUUUUUGUACAAAACUGUUCUUUAACCAUCUAUUUUUAAUAAAGAAAUGUCUCAAUUUCACUUUUUCACAUGUUC